AAAGCUGCGCUGGCACAGCUUCCAGAACUCGCACCGGCCCAGCCUGAACUCUGCCUCCCUGGAGAUCAACCGCCAGUCCUCUGCCCAGCUCAACCUGCUCCAGAAGUGCUCCCUGCUCCGGCUCACGGCCAUCAUGGAGAAGUACUCAGUGCCCCACAAACAAGCCUGGACGUGGACUGUGCCCAAGUUCAUGAAGCGGAGUAAAGUCCCCGACUACAGGGACAAGAUGGUCUUCGGGGUGCCGCCCAUCAUCAAUGUGCAGCGGACGGGGCAGCCCCUUCCCCAGAGCAUCCAGCCUGCUCCUCCCUGGCAGGUCGGGAUUUUCCGAAAGUCAGGGGUGAAGUCCCGGAUCCAGGCGCUCCGGCACAUGAACGAAACCAGCCCCGACAACGUCAACUACGAGGGGCAGUCGGCAUACGACGUGGCAGACCUGCUGAAGCAGUAUUUCCGCGACCUGCCCGAGCCCAUCUUUACCAGCAAGCUGACGGACACCUUCCUGCAGAUCUACCAGUUCGUGUCGAAGGAGCAGCGGCUGCAGGCGGUACAGGCGGCUGUGAUCCUCAUGCCGGACGAGAACCGGGAGGUGCUGCAGACCCUGCUCUACUUCCUCAGCGACAUCGCUUCCGCUGAGGAGAACCAGAUGACUGCCGGCAACCUGGCUGUGUGCCUGGCCCCCUCCCUCUUCCACCUCAACGUGUCCAAGAAGGAGAGCACCUCGCCCAGGGUGAUCCACAAGCGGGGCACCAUGGGGAAGCCCGACCAGAAGGACCUCAACGAGAACAUGGCCGCGACGCAGGGGCUCUCCCACAUGAUCACCGACUGCAAGAAGCUCUUCCAGGUCUCCCACGACAUCCUGCUCCAGUUGAGCAGCUCCUACAUGGCAGCAGAUGCCUACCCCCAUCCCCUGGCUGACAUUGUGCGUCAGGGGGAAAGCAAGGAUUUGCACUCCUACUUUGAGCAGAGUGUCCAGAACCUGCUCAAAGAGUCGUCGGAGAAAUUCAAGGGGUGGCUGAGCACAUCAGGGCCCCUGAACACAGAGCUCUCCUGCAAAAAGGUUGGGGAUGGGAACCCUCUGCGCUUGUGGAAGGUCUCCACAGACAUGGAGGCACCUCCCAGCGCGGUGCUGCACCGGGUGCUUCGGGAGCGUCACCUGUGGGAUGAGGACCUGCUGCAGAGCAGAGUGCUGGAGGCGCUGGACAAGAACAUGGAGGUGUACCACUUCGUGACGGACCGCAUGGCCCCCCACCCACGGAGGGACUGCGUGGUGCUCCGGCGCUGGCGCACAGACCUGCCGCGGGGAGCACCCUGCCUGCUCAUCUCCAUCUCGGUGGAGCACGACAAGCUGCCGGCCGAGGGAGGUGUCAAAGCUGUUGUGCUGACAUCCCAGUACCUCAUUGAGCCUGGCACCAUGGGACGCUCCCGGGUCACCCACAUCUGCAGAGCCGACCUCAGGGGCCGCUCUCCCGAGUGGUAUAACAAGGUCUUCGGGCACCUCUGUGCCAUGGAGCUGGUGAGGAUCCGAGAAUCCUUCCCCACCCUGAGUCCCAGCGGCCCUGAGACGAAGAUCUGA